AUGAGAAUUUACAAAAAGAGCCCUCAGGGGGGUAAUAAAAAGCGGUUUGAGAGAAAUAAUUUGUUCAAACAAGGUGAAAAAAGUUCAAAUUACUGGAAUCUUGAUUCAAGUAAAGGAAAGAUCUAUGGAAUUGGAAGAACAAGUCUGAAAUCUGUAAAACUUGUUGUUGAUGAUCAUCUUGAUGAUUUCACAAAGGUUAAAGUAAAGCCCAUGCAUGUGAAACCUGGUUCACAACAUAAUAAUAACAUUAAAAGUGGAGAGGUGGUCGUAGGGGCAAUAUCGGGAAUUUGGUCGGAAGGGUAUAAAGAUAGUCAAAGAAAAUCAUCGCCACAUAAGCAUGAGAAACAAGUGGUCCCCAUUGCAAAUAAGAAGCAAAACACUAACGAUUUAGGUGAAAAAUGA